AUGCAACAUUCCGAUCGCAGGGCUGAGGGCCUGCAAGCCGUCGGUGACGCCGCCGAGGCCUCCUCCGCCGACGGCGGACUGCUGCAGGGCCAUCUCCCACGCCGAUAUGCGAUGCCUCUGCUCCUACAAGAAAUCCCCUCUGAUCCCUUCGCUUGGAAUCAGCGUUCCCCUUGCGGAGAAGCUCCCUGCCAAGUGCGGGCUCUCCACUGCUGCCAAAUGCUAGCUUGCGAGCUUGCUAGUUGCAUAUACCCUACAGCGGGGUGGCUAGCUAUUGCGUAUCUGUCUGUGUGUGUGUGGGCGUCUUCCAUGUGUUUGGGAUGUGAUUAA